UGUUGCUGUUAGGUCCUAAAAACAAAAGAUCCUCAGCUUCUUUUCUCACUCACCAUUUUCCAGAGACAUUCAGUGUUAUACAGUAAUAAAGUGAAAUCCAAUAUAAAAGCAGUGUAGAGUCAAAGUUCCAGUAUGCAAUGCUCAGCUAGUUAGCGAUCUCUGAGAUGAUGAAUGCGAUGUCGUUGACGGUGGCGUUAGCAUGAAAUUUGGAGCGUUGGAAUCUGUAGUAGAUCUGUAGAGUGUACAGAUGAGGUAGUGAGAGAGCUGGAUGGGAUAAAAGACUAAAGCGCUGCUGCAUCGCUCUCUUUAAGUAGAGAUGAAGCGAGGGCUAAAUCCCUCACACCACUGUUGUGGGUAAUGUAGGAAAACUUUAACCAAAGUGGAAAUAGAACAUGUCGAUGAAAGAAUUUAAACUAUAAGACUGAGAAUUUUAUUAUGAGUCUGGGAUACCACUGAAGAUCAUAUUUUAAUUAUAAAGAUUAAUAUGCAAGUCAUUCAGGGUGGUUUUUUUUUUUUCUUUUAACUUUCACCUUGACAGCCUUUCAUGAGGUGUGUGUGUGUGUGUGUGUGUGUGUGUGUGUGAUAACUGUGUUAUGAUUCUUGCCAAGUGAUGCAGCAUAGCAUAUGGUCAAACCUGAUAAACACACACACACACACACACACAGUCAGAUUGCUUGUCCGACUCCUAACCACAGAUCGACCACCUCCUAUAAUUCAUACUGUCUGUUAGAUGCUUUGAAAAUGAGCUGUGAUGAAGACAUUCGCAUGAAAUCAAUAAUUAUUAUUGAAAUCAAUAAUAAUUCCCUACAGGGCAUUUUCUUUCUUGCUCCAUUUAAUUAUAUAAUCCAUGUAUCAUCCUGUAAAAUGAUUCCAACAAUAGAGAGAACCUUGCACACAACUGCAGUAUAGGCUGUUACUGCAUGGUGAUAAACCUUAAUGUGUUACAGUAUUGUUUCCUCAUGUGUAUCUGACAAACGUCUAACCUUUUCUUUCUUUCUUUUUUUUUGUCCAUCACUCUAUUUUCUGUCCUUCCUCUGUAAUCCCCUCUAGUGUCCCCCCAUUCUCCUCCCCUCCUUUUCCAUCCUCUUCUUUUCUGUGUGUGUAUGUGAGAGAGAGAGCAGUGUUGAGGUGAGUGUGUGAGUGUGUGUGUGUGUGUGUGUGUGUGUGUGUGUGUGUGUGUGCGUGUGAGAGGGCUAUGCAGUCGGCGCUCCACACACACGGAGCAUGCUUGUGAGUGGAGGCUCCGGCCAACAUGAGCCUCCCGAGCCCAGAGCGCGUCCACAGCAUCAGCCCAAACCCGCGUGCACCCUCCUCCCUUUCUCGCUCCCUCCCUCACUCCCUCCCUCGCUCCCUCUCUUCGUCCACGAGCCUCAGCCGCACCGCCUCUCCCGCGCCAGCCAGGGGGACAGCUCCCGCAGUUCCCACGGUGACGGUUGCCGAGCGCCGGCCUGCCCCAUGGAGGAAGCCCAAGGCAACACGCUGGUCGUCCGCAUCGGCAUCCCCGACCUGCAGCAGACGAAAUGCAUGAAGUUUAACGUGGAGUCACCUAUCUGGCUGUCUAAACAGCGCAUCCUUUGCGCCUUGAACCAGAGCCUGAAGGACGUGCUGAACUAUGGCUUGUUCCAGCCUGCGUACAACGGCAAAGCGGGCAAGUUCCUGGAUGAACAGCGCACUCUGAAGGAGUAUCCACUUCCCAGUGUCACUCCCAUACCAUACCUAGAGUUUCGCUAUAAGAGACGUGUGUAUACACAGACCCACCUGGAUGACAAGCAGCUGGCCAAACUGCAUACUAAGGUAAGAGGUGAAAUUUGUUUUUUCUUUUAUUCUGAACUGAAAGCUGUGGAUUUCAUUACAUUGGGAUGUGCAAUUUUGAAACAAGUCUGUAAAGUGUGAGCUAAGGUAUGAGGGAGGCUCUCGAGUAUAAGAUAUUGCAGAAAUCCCAGGCAGUUUGUUCUAUUCCUUUCUCAGUUUUUGGUGUGAAGGCUUGGUUUCAGCUGGUACAGUUGUUUGAAUGAGAGAAAAAAGGGUGUUUGUUCUAUCUCAUAUUUGCAGCGAUUGGUAAAUAUUGAAUGAAUGGCAAAUAAUACGUGGACCAAAAGCAAAAUUCUUCACUACCCCCCCCCCCCUUCCCCCCAUCUGUUUCAAAUGUCCAAAAAGGUAGCCUGCAGAAUGUGAUUUACAUCCUUACUCAAAAUGACUCAUUACUACAUUAAAUAAAAAAUAAACGCUGGACAAAUACCAAUUUUGGCAUCACCAUCAUCUCUCUUGCUAACUCCCACUGGUUUCAGCAGAUUCAGAAAGUAUUCAGAGAUUUUUCAUGUUCCGGAUUUUAUUGUUACAGCCUUAAAUUUUCAAAUGGAUUCAAUUCAUUUUCCCUCAGUCACAAAGAUUUGAAAGUGUAUUCAAAACAAGCAAAAAAAAAAAAAAAGAA